AUGGAUAAGCCUUCAGGGCCCACGAAGCAGCUGGUUCGGCUUGCCCUCUCCACUGCGGCAAAGAAAAAGGUCUUGAAAAGGCAAGAGGGCGAUGGGGCCAAGCUAAAAAGCACUCUUGACGACGCCAAUACACAUUUACUGGCAAUCUUUGGAUAUUACCUUGUUGAUAUUAAGCCAAAAUCGGGUACUAUUUCCGGGUCUCCAGAGACCCUCCCAUCAUCGACGUUUUGGUACAAUAGCCAAUGGAUCGUUAUCUCCAAUUUGGAUAGCAGAGACCAAAUGCUGCUUCAGUUUUUGCCCAAAUCAAACGAGAGCCUUUUUCAUGGCCUAGUUGCGCUAUCUAUAUUCUUCAUCUCAAUAACGUCUGGAUCUAAUAGAACCGUUGAAGGCAGUGCUCUUUCCGCUUUUCUUAACAGAUAUGCGUCCUUGAGGGUAAAAUGGUUCAUCUCCGAAGCGGUGCGAGCCCUUUACCUGGAAAGACAUAAAAGCUCUUCAGAUGUCUUUUCGUCGGGUGAUUAUGUUGGCGAUGAAGAUGCCGAAGUGGAGCCUGACGAUAAAUGGCUUACCGCCUCGUUUGGACUGGGUAUAAGGUCACUUUUAGAAUAUUCCCCGCAGAUUUUAACUUCGUUAGUACUUACCGUGUUAUUUUCAACAUUUUUUAGAUUACCUCAAUAG